AUCAAUCCUCCUUUGUCCCUUUCCACAAAACUGUCCCUGGUUAGGAAAGCCUUUGAGCAUCUCUCCAAGCCUAGCUCCAUGGAUCACCAGCAGCACCACUCCCAAGCUCCCACCCAGCGAGCAGGGUGCGGCGAGGGGGCGGAGCCGGCCGCGAGGUCUCGGUGGGCUCCGAAGCCGGAGCAGAUCCUGAUCCUGGAGUCCAUCUUCAACAGCGGCAUGGUGAACCCGGCCAAGGACGAGACGGCCCGCAUCCGCCGCCUCCUGGAGCGCUUCGGCGCCGUCCGCGACGCCAACGUCUUCUACUGGUUCCAGAACCGCCGCUCCCGCUCCCGCCGCCGCGCACGCCAGCUCCAGCACCAGGCCCAGCUCCACCAGCUCCCCUCCGCCCCCCACGGCAUCAUGCACUACGGCCAGCUCUCCUGUGGCGGCGGCGGCGUCAUGUCGCCGGCUGCCGCGCCCGUCGCAUCGGCGCCGGCGCCCACCGCGGGCCCGCACUUGCUGGCGGAUGUCGUCGGCGCCGGAGACGAUGACCUUUUCGCCAUCCCUCGGCAGAUGGGCCUCAUGGACCACCGGUACACAGAAACCUCGCAGCUAACCUACCAACAACCUGGGACAAUCCAAGUGUUCAUCAAUGGCGCAGCCUACGACGUGCCGAGCGCGGGACCGCUGGACCUGGCAGGCACGUUUGGGCACGACGUCAUGCUGGUGCACUCUUCCGGAGAGAUCCUCCCCGUCAACGAGCACGGCGUCCUCAUGAAGAACCUGCAGAUGGGGGAGUGCUACUACAUGGUUUCAAGAUCGAUAUGAUCAGCUGGAUCUAGAUGAAUCGAUGAUUAAGCACUGGGUAUAUGUGUACAUGCAUGCUAUAGGAAGCAUGCAUAUAUAUAUAUAUAUGUUGUUCCAGAUAUAUGAGCGCAUGUGUGUACUAAUGUUAAUUUUGUUGUUGAUCCCUAUCGAUGUAUAUUAUUAUCUCUGGAUGCAUCGUCCCCUUGAGAGUUCUUUUCAACGCUGGAGAUGUUGUAGCUUCAUUACUGAAGAAAUGAUCAGAGUUUUCUAAAUCAUUCACAGCUUGAGUCCAUUUUUUUUUUGUUACUGCCUUAACCACCAUGCACUACUAUUGUAUACACAUAUAUAUUCCUUUGUAAGUUACAGUGCAGUAACUGAAUUUAUAUGCAGGAGUAUAGCAAUGCAUCGAUCUCAGGCCGGGGUGGUGCCCUCCUUUUCGAAAAAAAAAGGAUUGUACAAUUUAUGACAGAAUAUGGCAGUGUAGUUAUUUGAAUGGAACAACAUGCAUAACAUUUCAAAAUGAGUUGUUGAAUGUAUAUGAUCAAGUUAUUCUCU